AUGACUGUCAUAAUUCCGGCAAAGAAGGAGAUGAUCGGUUCCGAGGAAAAGAUAUGCACCGAGUCAAUGAACCCGAUGCUUGUCCUUGACCUGGUUAUAUCGGUCAUGGAAUGGUUGAGCUUUAUUGAUUUCCAUCGAGCCAGAUGCGUUUCUUCAGUGUGGUAUUCCGCUUCAAGAUCAUGCGUGGGACGAACAAAUCCAUGGCUCGUCCGCUUUCCAGAGAGCAACAACAGUUCAUGUAAGUUGUUCGAUCCUAGCGAACAUAAAUCCUACACAGUAAGAGACAUCAGUUUUGGUUUCGCUAGGAGUCGUUGUUUGUCGAAUUACGGUAGCUGGUUCCUCAUGUUAGACGAUCGAACCGAGUUAUAUCUCUUGAAUCUGUUUACUCGAGAGAGGAUUCCGCUUCUGUCUCCGGAAACAAUGGAAUCAACUCAAAUUAAAGUUGAGAGAAUCAGUGACUCUGACUUGAUGUUUACGACUUUUUAUUACAAAGAUAAUGAAAGAUUAUCUUCAGAGAAGAAAAAUCGCAUUGAAGUAGACAUUGCGGUUUUGUGGGUAGAUGAAAGAAGCAGAGACUACUUAGUUGUGUGGAGUUUUAGCCGUCUAUUUGCAUAUCACAGGAAAGGAGAUGAUAACAAGAGCUGGAAAGUGUUUCAACCUCCCAAGAACCAAGGCUGGAAAGUGGUUCGACCUCUCAGUAUGGCUUUCAAAGAAAGCAAGCUUUACGUGCUUAGUGAAUUGCAACGCAUCAUUGUCUAUGAUUUCUCUGGUAGUGAUUCCCCAAUGGAAUGUGCAAGUUUCUCACUUCCCGAUUUUCACCGUCCAAUAAUGUAUUGCCACAACCUUGCGGUGACUUUGUUUGGACAAGUUUUGAUUAUUUCAAGUAUCGGGAGAAAUUUCUUGAACUUCUACACGAUGGAUCCUGAAUCAUCUAAAUGGAGUAUACUCAAAUCUCUAGGAGAGGAAGCAUUGCUUAUGGAUCAAGGAAUAACGGUUGCAGCCAAAGAUGGAGUUUUGAAAAAUUGCAUAUAUUAUAGCAAUGAUCAGCUUUACAGAAGAAUUGGGACUAGUCUAAACAACGAUUAUAACGUUAUUUGCGUCUGCAAUAUUCAAACCAAGAAACAAUUCCAAGUGUUUCCACAUCUUACUGCUUCCGAUGCUCGUUGGUUUUUCUCCACUUUUGGUGCUAAAUGGUCGCUCUGA